AUGAGCUCCCAGGCCAGUCGCGCUCUCCGCAUUACUUUCCGCCCUCGGCUGACGUUUAUCCAGACCGGCACCACCCAGCAGGCCGCCAACCAGGGCCAAGACUCUGACGACGACGUUUUCGACCAACCCAGAACCCCGCGACGCACGCCCAUGGCAUGCCUGUUCUGUCGAGGCCGAAAGCUGAAAUGCGACGGCCGCCCGACCUGCGCCAACUGUAACCGUCGGGGUCUCGCCUGCACUUACACUCCAAUCCAGAAGUAA